GAGAGAGAGAGAGAGAGAGCGAGAGAGAGAGAGAGAACGAUAUCAUUUGGAGACGUUGGUGCAGUGUGCACCGUUCACUUGGUUUUGGGGAGUGAAUCAAACAGCCAUGGUGAUAAAAGUCUUUAUAGCAUCAUCCUCUGGAUCGACAGCGAUUAAGAAGCAGCAGCAAGACAUAAUGGGUUUCCUUACUGUCAACAAGAUUGACUUUGAGGAGUGUGACAUCGUCACUAGUGAAGACAACAGGAAGUGGAUGAGGGAGAACGUACCUGAAGACUUCAGACCAAUAACGGGUGUCCCCCUGCCUCCACAGAUAUUUAAUGAAGAACAAUACUGUGGGAACUAUGAGGCCUUCUUUGAUGCCCGUGAGGAGCACGCAGUGUAUGCCUUUUUGGGCCUAACAGCCCCUCUAGGCUCCAAGGUAAAGACAAUGGUCUUAUGGACAUACUCAGUCUGUCAAAACCACAGGAAGCAGAGGCCUUGGCCAGACAGGAGCAACAGUAGCCAUAUGGUUUUGGUUAGCGGACCACAGUGCCCUCUCCUGGCGUCUUCCAGUCAGCUCUACAGCAGCCUGCCAGUGCUCGUCUGGAACACGUCUUCUCAGACCAAUCAUAGAGCUUUAUUUUGUUGUAAAAUGUAACCAGUCUGGUAUCAAAUUGACCAACGGAGCAUGGCCAAAUGUUGUGUUGUAUGACAAUGUAUUUAAUGUGAUAACCUUGUAAUGUUUCAAUAGUUCAAGUCAAUGAUGGGCAGUAUCCAGUGUUCAAUAUGAUUUUGAAAUCAAGGCAGAAUGAGUUCCCAAAUAAUAGGCAUUUAGUAGAUCAUAUAGACAUGCUUUACACAUUUGAGAAUAUUUAAUUCAAUGAGAUAUUUUUCAACUUUGAUAAUAAAAUAGUGUUACUUCACUA